GCCAUUAGUGAACUAUGUCACGUGACUUGUCAUAUUUGACUUUGUUGUUUUGAAAUGUUUGUCUAUUUUUUUAAAAUUUUAAAUCUAAUGUGGUAAAAAUGUCCUCAUCUGUCCCAGAGGUUUGUGUUCAUGAUGAGACUAUGCUAGAUGAAAAUGCACUUGAAGAUAAUGUUGAAAUGGAUAAAAUAACUGAGUUAUCCCAUGAAUUAACUUUAGAUACAGCAAUGGAGACUGAAGAACAUGAAUUAAUAGUUGGAUCACAACAAGACAUAAUAGAACAUGAAGAGGAAGUUCAAAGUGAAGCUGAAAUUGAACCACAAGAAAUUGAAAUUCAAUCUGAAGAGACUGAAAGUUUUGAAGAUGCACCCGAUAGAGAACAUAAAUCAGCAGCAGUGAUACCACCUCUAAGGCCUUUAAAUAUUGCACCCAAGCCUGAACAAGUUCCAAUAGCUUUUAAAUCUGUUAGUGGACAGCCACUAAUUAUAGUUCCAGGAGGUACAAAUCAAGGAAUUAAACUUGUUAAUCAUCAAGGACAAGAAAUUAAUCUAGGAAAUUAUCCAUUCGGCCGUCCCAUUACUAUCAAACCUGCUAAAAAGGUAACUGCAGCUUCGGUCGGAUCGGGAAAACAAAUGGUAAUGAAAAAAAUAAUUACCAGUUCUGGCCCGAAAACUCUGGUCAAAUCUGUCGCAGUUGACAAACCUGGUCAGCAAUUUGUUGUGGUCCAAAAGGGUUCUGAUGCUCCACAGCAUGUCAAAUUGGUACAAACUAGUUCCGGAAAUACAAUUGCUGCCACCCCAAUUCAAAGCAAAACAAUUACAUUGCAGCAAGCUCAAGAAAUGGGUUUAUUGAGUUCGGCAAAGGUCUUGCACACUACAGGAUCAUCAGGCGGGGCAAAGAGAACAGUUUUGAUCAAUAAGAAUCCACCGAAAACCAUAAAGUUGGUUUCCAGAAGUAGCCAUAGUCAGAUAUCUACCAAUAAGAGUCCGAAAACAAUUUCUCUAACACAAAUUAAGUCGCCGGCAAAGAUUCUACCGGCCGGUGCUCUAACUGGAGGGAAGGGUGCUCAGAGGAUUAUUUUUAAGGGUGGCGGUAGCGGUCAGCUUGUACCGGCAGGCCAAUUGAUCCAAGUGGGUACGCAGAUAGCUGGCGGGCAAAUUCAUCAAAUAAAUGUUCCUGGAAAAGGAAUGCAAUACAUCAAAUUGGUACCUGCUUCUUCAGCUGAGUCACCCAGCACAAACGCAUCAGUCAGUCCCGUCAAAGGCAUUUCUAAUUCUUCUAUAGUAACAUCACCUGUUGGAGAGUUAAAGCCUGUAUUCACCACUAAUAAGGUAGUGACAAAGUCGAUACAUUCGAGCCCAAAACCGGCUCAAGUUUUCAUGGUACCCGCCGGGUAUAUACCCACCAAUCUCACGCAGCUCAACGUGGGUCCCGAGGCCAAAGUGUCAAAAAUUGCUCUUCCUCCCAUCAAACCUGCCACGGCGAGGCCUAAGCCGGUUGAAGUUACGAUCCCUAAACCUAUAGCUCCGGUGACACCGCCAUUGUCGGAAAGUAAUCUGUCUCCCACAAACGUUUCACAAGCCUCAUCAAGCGAACAGGCCACCGGAGCAACCAUCAACGGAAUAGCCAAUGGGAUAAGACCUCGAAAACCGUGCAACUGUACCAAGUCCCAAUGCCUAAAAUUGUACUGCGACUGUUUCGCCAACGGAGAAUUUUGUUACCUUUGCAACUGCAUGAACUGUUACAACAACUUGGAGAACGAAGACACCAGGAAUAUGGCGAUAAGGUCUUGUAUGGAUCGCAAUCCGAACGCUUUCAGGCCUAAAAUCGGUAAAGCAAAAGAUACAACAGGCGAUGUGCUGCGAAAACAUACGAAGGGAUGCAACUGUAAAAGAUCCGGCUGUUUGAAAAAUUAUUGUGAAUGUUACGAGGCGAAGAUAGCUUGUUCCAGCAACUGCAAGUGCGUGGGAUGUCGAAAUAUCGAGGACACGAUAGAAUUAAAAACGCUAGAAACCAGCUCGACCACUCAGAGAAUCAGCGAUCAGUUACUGGCUCAGAAAGUUUAUCGAAAAAUAUUGCCUUACUACAAAGACGCAGAAUACCUGUUGCCUACCCGUAGCUCGAGAAAACCGUCGAGUUCAAGAAAGCAAACGAUCAGUUUCAUAACUGAAGACGUCAUAGAAGCGACAUGUCAGUGUUUGCUGACCACAUCGGAAGACGCUUAUUCGAACAUGCAAGACGAGGAACAAACCAAACGUCAAAUAAUCGAAGAAUUCGGCGGUUGCCUCAACGAAAUCAUACAUUGUUCCCUAAACCGUAGCCGGUCGUUUGAACGACUUUGUUAGAACAGUGUUUUGACUGACUUUUUUAGUGAAUUUCAAUGGACAUGUAUAUAGUGUAUAGGUAGGUAUGAUUUUACCGUUUAAACAUAGGUUCAUCUUAUUUCCUAAAUUCUAAUUGUUCUGAAUAUUGUUCGCAAAUAAGUCGAAUUGCCUUCAAUAAUUAUUAAUAUUACUUAAUUUGUAAAAAAGUAUUAUUAAGAGAAACUUUGGACACCACGUAUAUACAUGAUUUUUUGUUAGAGGUUUUUUAAUUUUUAAUGUAUAUUUUUUAAGUAAUAUUCUAUCAAAUUUUGAACUCCCAGGAAUGGUGUUAUAUUUUUUUGGUGGUAAAUAUUCCCACCCCCAAAUUUUGUGUGGUCAAAACUUUUUAGCAGAAUAUUUUUUUUUAUUUAUAUGUAUCUAUAAUAUAUUGAUUUGACAACUGUGUUAUAUAAAAUUAAAAUUGUAUAGAAAAAUC